GCGCCCGUUGAACACGUCUCCCGCAAGAUAUACACGCUUUAUUUUAACGCUCUUUAUCGGGUUUUUUAAAGAGGUCUGCAACGUGAGUUUUUCCAGCCAAAAUGAAGCAAGCCCAGUGUCGAAAACUAAUGAAUGGCUUUCGGGUACCGCCCGUCGAUGGCGGAGAAGAAGGUGAUGAUAGUGCCGAUUCCAGCUCAUCUGCUUCUACCGUGCGGUUACUGAGGAUUCCCCGUGCCGCCCCCAGCAUCGAGAAUUACGGAUUCCAUCUGACCCGCACCAAGUGGGACCCCUAUCCCUGGGUAUGCGAGGUGGCAGCUGGCACCCCGGCGGCGCUUUGCGGCCUCAGACCCGGCGACUGUGUUCUGGAGGUCAACGGGCACGAUGUCUUGGGUUUACGAGUGGCUGAAAUCGCCAAAAUAGUGAAAAGCCAAAAGGACGCCGUUACUAUUCUCUGUUGGAACAGUGGCUGUGAAAAGGACUGUGAUAAAAAUAGCAUUUGCUGUGCACCAAUGCCCACAAGUCUGCGACGCCUCUCUCUCGUCGUGGAGAGCAUCCUGCGACUGGUGGAGUGUCCCGUGUGCAACAUCACCAUCGCUCCGCCGGCAAUGCAAUGUCAGAACGGACACCUACUCUGCGUCGAUUGCCGCAUUCGCUCCGAGCGCUGUCCUGUCUGCCGCGAUUUCUACACACCCCGCCGCGCCCUGCUGGCCGAGCAGAUCCAUCUGACCGUCGCCAACGCCUUCGAGAUGUGUCGCUCAGAGGAUAAGCUGCGCCACAAACUUUUUUCAGGGAUCACACGCCCUGCCCACGGGCAAUUGCAGCAUCAGAAUCAGCAGCAGCAACAGCAGGUGGCAGCCGGACAGGACACCUGGCGGAAACGGAAGCCGGUGCUGCCCACAAACAAGUUCCUAACCAAGCUCCUAGAGGGACGGGCCUACUCGAUGGACAAUCUCUCGCCCUCGAAUGCCGCCACUUUGCUGCGCACCAGCUCUACGGAUGGCUUGAGGGUGUCGUCGCGUGAAACGAUGCCAUCAGUUUCCCCGGACAUAUCGCCUCUGACAGAAGGACAGCAGACAGCGGCAACAACCAUGCAUUCCGCACUUGACGGGAGGGGGCCAGAGCAUCUUUCACUCUCGACGAAUGAUUUACAGCGGACGACGGCGGCAGUUAAGCCAAACGAGGACGAUGGCGAGGAAUCGAAUUCGGACAGAAGCCACAACUCAGUCACAUCCUCGACUGCAUCUGCAACAUCUACCCCAUCCACCAUUUGCAAGCCACGCCCCCUCUCGGAUAGCCUGCUCUUUGUGGGCAAGAGCCGGCCCGUCAAUGAAUCUCCCGGGGACAUACCUCCUGUCGGCCAAGUCGGGGACUUGACGCAGCUGAAGCAGGUUGUCCAAACUAAGCCGGCCGCCUCGCUGCUCUACCGAUGUCCCUGCCAACUGGAGCCCCAUGAUCAUCAAAAGGAGCAGCCGGACCUCCACCAGAACUGCUGCUAUAAAUCCGCUUUCCGUUUGCUUUGAGCUCCGCCAACAACUCAAUCAAUGGCAUUCUCUUAUCAGUGCCGCCUCACACCCCUACCCACUCAAUCCCUUUCAAGUUACUAAUUAAAUUAAAUGCCAGUUGCUUUGCCAAAGUUGCUUAUCGCGUAAGGAAACGAAAUGACGAUGGAAUUGAAUAGAUGCAAACGAAGAUGCAAACAAGUUGCACCCGAGCUGACUGCCCUCUGUGAACUGCAGACAGAACUAUUCCUCGCUGAAGGAAGAAGCUCGACCAAGAGGACUUUUAAUUUAAUCACUCCUGAACGGUCCAAUGACUUUGUGUCAUUUGGCUUCGGGGUUGUGCUCCUCGAUAAUGAACCUCGGUCUGGUCGACAAUAGAAGUCCAUUUGAUGGAUGCGUGCAUUAGAGACACAUGGAAAAAAAUAA